AUCACAUUAACCUGCUAAAACGAUAUGAGCAGAGAACAACAGCUGUUAUAACCUACUAAGAAAAAACGUAAACAAAUUUGAGUAAAAUUGUAUGAAAGUUUUAUAUAAUGGAGGAACAAGAUAUACCUAUUGACAUUAAUUGUGGGAAAUUAUUAGAAUGGUUAAUUAAUAGACGACAUUGUACUAAGGAUUGGCAUACAAAAGUUUUAACUAUCAGAGAGAAAAUUCAUAAUGCAAUACAAGAUAUGCCUGCUCAUGAGGGCAUAGCAAAAUUAUUAUGUGGAUCAUAUAUCAAUUAUUUUCAUUGCUUAAAAAUAGUAGAAAUUUUAAAAGAAACUGAAGCUGAUACAAAGAAUGUAUUUGGCAGAUAUGGUUCACAAAGAAUGAAAGAUUGGCAAGAAAUAUUACAUUUAUAUGAAAAAGAUAACAUAUAUCUUGCAGAAGUGGCUCAAAUGCUUAUAAGAAAUGUUAACUACGAAAUACCAAGUACUAAAAAACAAAUUCAAAAAUUAGAACAGAUACAAGUUGACUUAGAAAAGAAAGAAACAGACUAUAAAAAAUCAGAAAAUAUAGCUAGAUCAGAAUUUAAUUUAUUGUGUAAGCAAUUAGACAUUCCUGGAAAUAAAAUUAAACAAGAAUUGACUGAGAAAAUAAAAGAUUUACCAGAAAUUUAUGAAAAGAUUGCUAAAAAGACAAAAUCAUUAGAGAAAGCUGUAGAAUUUUAUUGUGAUUUUGUCAAUUAUACUCUUGGCAGGCAACAUGAUGGUGGUUGCGUCCCUAUGAUAAAAUACAUAAUUGAUAAAGGAAACACUACCACAUAUGAAUGGAUUUAUGAAGAAGCCCCAUUAUCAAUUACUGAGCCACCUUUAAAUAUAAGCUUUGACAAUGAUUUAGAGAAAAAGAAAAUUGAAGAUACGGAGAACACUGAAAUUGAUUUUGGAGAAAUUGAUAUAAAUGAUGGUAUAAAUUUCGGUGAUAUCAAUUUAGAAGCUGGUGGUGAAAUUGAUUGGGGUAAUGAAAAUAUAGAAGAAGCUGCUGCUGGAGAUAUUGACUAUAAUAUUUCAAAAGAAGAAUCUGGUAUAGUUGUAGAAGCAGCUGGUCAUGAAGGUGGAACUGCUACUGGUACUGAAGCAUAUACAGUUCUUGACAAUCCAUCUACUAGAAAUGAUUAUAUUAAUCAAUUAUUCGAGCUGGAAGCAUUCCUUAAAUUACGUUUAUUUGAAUUUAAAGGAGAUGAUAAAGUAAAUUUCUUAAGCUUCAGUCAGUUACAAGAUUCAUCUUCUACUAUACAACAUUCUACACUGGAAAAUACUCAAAAUAUGUUAGAUAACGUCCAAGUUAUUUUAUCUGAAAUUUUAGAUACUAAAGUUCAACAUUUGCAUAACAUCAAACACUCUGUGAGAUAUGUAGAUGUUUUAACUUCAUCAUUAAAACAAAAAUUAAGUUUAGUUGAAAAAAUGAUAGCUUUCCAAAAGACUAUGAAAGCAAAGCGAGAAAAUUCUGUAGAAGAAGUUAAUACUGUUCGACCACUUCUUCAACUUCUUAUACAAAGAACAAAGGAACUACAAGUAGAGAUUGAGAAAGAUAUUUCAAAAAAAUAUAAAAAUAGAAUUGUACAUUUAACUGGAGGUAUAAAUAUAUUAUAA